UAUCCGAUAACAUCGCGAAAUAAUAAGAAGGAGAACAGCUUCAAACAAUAUCAAGCAACAUCAGAUGUAGAACAAUGAAGGACCAAAAUGGAGUAGCAAGCACUGAUGACUCUGUUUUACCUUCUUGGAGUAACCCAGACGUCGGACAAUUCAUUGUGUCGACGUACAAUGAGUACGAAUACAAACGGAUCCCAUUUCGUGAACUGGAAUUCGGAUGUCUUCUAUGCAGGAUGAGAACAUUCAAUCACGAAGGAAUGAAAAAACACUUGAGGGAUCACGUAGUCCACAAAAAAUCUUCAUGUGAGCACGAAAAACCAGGUAAAACUGGAAUUCAUCAUCAAGUUGACAAAGCUGGAAAUGGUGUAAUGCCAGAGAAUGGGCAACUUGUUCAGUGCUACAUCGAAAUUAAGCUUGCGGAUUGCUACACAUCUUGGUCCAAUUACGAGAGCCAAAAUCCGAUUAUCUUUAAAAUUGGAUUCGGUGAAGUCAUUCCUGGUUUAGAUAUCGGAAUCCCUAAGAUGAAAGUCGGUGAAAUCGCAACAUUUCACGUGAGUGGCAAAUAUGGUUACGGCCGCGCUGGGUUCAGAGGACUGAUUCCUCGAAACGCUUCCCUAACUUGCAAAGUUAGGCUGUUCAAUUGCUCAUGGGACUCAUAUGCAAAAAUUGGCGUCGAUAGACAGAUUCUCGUCCAGGGCGACAACGUCACCAAGUCAAAGAACGGUCAGACCGUCACCUGCCACUACGUGCUCAUCCUUGUGGACGGAACGAAGAUCGACUCUUCUCGCGACCGCGAAACUCCAUUCAAGUUCAAGAUUGGAAAGGGAGAGGUCAUCAAGGGAUGGGACCAAGGAGUCGCCCAGAUGUCAGUCAAAGAGAAGUCGAAGCUCACGAUUGCUCCGGCUUUUGGCUUUGAAAAAGGCAAAUUGCCAGCAGGAAUCCCAGCGUAAAAUAAAACGAAUUGGAUACAUGCUGCGUACUUUAUGAACUACCGUAGCCAGGAGAAAAAUGUUUAAAAUCAAAACUAUGGUAUUAAUUUUUGUUCACUUGUUGUUGACACGAUUGCCAUAAAUUUCAAUUUUUAA